GGCUGCCUGCAGUGGAGCGCGCAAACUUAACCACUCGGCCACGGGGCCAGCCCCCAUAGGGGAAAUUUCUUAGCUAGCUUUAGAGUGUGGUAGUUUAUGGUAAGUUUGUUUAACUUAAUGAUAUGUUUACUAUGUGCCAGGCAUUACUUUAAAGCUAUACAUAUAUUAACUUAUUUAAUACUCAUACAACUCAGUGAGGUAGGUACUGUUAUUUGGCAGAAGAAGAAACUGAGGCAUAAAAGAGGCUCAGUAACUUCUCCAAGUGACAGAGAUACUAGGUGACAGAGCUAGGAUUUGAACUCAGGCAGUUUGGUUCUGGAGUCUUUCUAACAGCUAUACCUGCUACUGCCUCUUGAAAGUUAUGUAUAAUGCCUGUUGCUGCACUCAAGUACACAAUUGUGAAUGUUCUUGGUGUUAACUUCAUAGCACGUUCUCCAAUUGUGGAAGGACACAUUGCCCGCCUUCACUGUUUGUGUCCCUUUUUUCUCUUUCUGUCAUAGAAUGAAUUAUAAAACUGACUUUGAAACAGUGAUAAGAAUGUAUCAGAAACCAAAGAUUAGGAAUAAUCUAGUUUUGUAUACCUGAGGUCCAUAAAAAUAUAGUUUUGUCUACAUGACAUUUUGUUAUAUUUAUUUUUUCUUAAUUUCUGUGCUUAUUAAUUUUCAUUUCACUUGUCACUAAAGUUUUCUGAUUUGCAGUUUGGGAUUUGUUGCAUGGCUUUCAUUUGGGACAAAAUGUUGCUUUCCCUUGAAUUGUGGGAUAUAGGUGAGGGUGAUAGUGUGUAACUGGCUUAAACAGCAACUUCCUCCUUGCAGAUUUCUUUCUUUUUUAAGUGUAGAUAUUACUAUAAGAUAAUUUGUUCAUUUACUUCAUUUAUUCUUUAUUCGUUCAGCAAACAUUUAGAGCCUACCGUAAACAGUGCGUUUAGGACUUCGGUCCUGUUGAAGAUGAAAGCAGACAGCAGAAAGAUGUGAAAUAAUUUUUUUGGAACCCUUUUUUAGUGUAUGAAAUGGAACUUUUAGUUUUUUACAUUCACUAUUAUUUUUUCAUUACAAUUAGGCAUUGUGAAUCUCUGAGAAAAAAGGAGGUGUUUCUUGGGUGAGGUGAAUUAUUGUUUGAUGUUAUGAUGCUCCGUUAAAAAAAUUGUCUUUAGACACUGAGUCUUGGAAGGAUCUGUUUCUCUUUCAUGAAUAAUUUUCACCUUGAUUUCAAACUUCUGGGUUCAUUUUACACACUCACAGAAUAAUUUACUUGACUCUAUAUAUAGCUUAUGCUCCAUAUUACUAGUCCAGAAAACUAUACUCUUUUAUGGUAAUCAGCCAAAUCAUUAAAGUGUUGUGAUUCUGUGGAGUAGUAUUGUGGAACAAAAGUGUAAUUUGCUGAAGCAUUCCAGUUGGAAAGGGAAGAGAAGAUAUUGUAACUAAUGUUGCUAUUUAGAUUAUUACACAGCUAGGUAAUCUGAAGCAAAAAGAUCAAGUGAUAAAUCUAUAUCCUUCUAUUAUAAAUUAUAUCUCAAUACAGUAAACUCUUAGUAGGGUCCAAAUUGUUUUACGUUACUGAAAUUUGGCAUUUUAAAUUCAUAGAUUAAGCAGGGCAUUGACAGGAACUUAGAUUUUUGAUGUUAGAGAUACUGAUUAGAAUGGAAAUGUAUUUUCAGUUUACUAAGAGUUAAGAAUGAUAAAAUUUUGAUUUAGCUGCUUGGAAAUGGCCUUUAUAGUAAAAUUGUUUCACAUUUUAUAUGUUAGAAUAGUAGUAGUAUAAAAUUGUUUGUGACUGUAAGCUUGGUAAUUUCAGUUUCAGAUAUCCUGUUGCUAUGGUAUCUUAUAGUAGUUGUCCAUGUUGUUAAAUUCAGGGAUGUGUUGACUGCUUGACAGAAUGAUUGUUCACUUUUAAAAAACCCCCCAAAAAAAGUAACCCAAAAACCUUCUGAAAGCAAAAGAUGCUACAAAAAAGUUGAGAAGAGAUAAAUUAGUAGUAAAUAAGUGGAAAAAGUUCUCAGUUGAAAGUGUAUAUAUUAAGAUUCCUUGUGAGAGCAUGCACACAAGUGUAUUUUAUAGUAUAAAUUAUUGGGAAACUUUUUAAAUUGCAAGUUUUACUUCUUACGUUAUGGAGGAGGGAAUGGACGAUGAUGCCAACUGUAUCAGUCUUUAAGUAAAGAAGGAUUAUUUUAGAGAAGAUUAUCCUAACCAUAUGUAGUUAACUUUAUUUUUCAAGUAAUGGCAAGGACAUGGAUAAUGUAGAUUUUGUAAUAGGGAGUUUGCAACUGAUUGAUCUCAAUAACUAUAUUUUUUAUACAUUUCUUACAUCAUUGUUUAUGCCAUUUUUUGCUGACUCUACGUGUUUUGGGCCCUGAAGAGAAGCUGGCUAGAAAUUAAUAUUUGUUACUAACAAGUCAUUGAGGUGGAUUAAGUAUAAAUGAGGUUAGGAAUUGACUUUGUCUCAGCAGACUUGGUCUUAUAAAAAAAAAAUCAGAAAAAUAACUCAGGCAGAACUAUGUUUGUAAAGCACUAUAUGUUUAAUUACAAUCAACUGUACAGAUUUUUUUGGUCUUCUAGUUAGCCUGUGAGCUCUCUGCAUUUUGGUAAUUUUCAGCCCAUAACACACCCUGAAAGAAAACUUGAGCUCCUAAAGCAAGCUUUCGUUUAGCCGUUGCUAAUCAAAAUGUCUGUACCUAGCCAAUGCACACGACCUAGACAUUUUUCGUGUACUUAUAGUUACUAGCACUUUACUCAUUCUUGGGCUAACUUCUAAUAUAUUGAUGAAUGGAAGAAAUGAAUGACGAUAUCUGAUACGACAAAUUGCUUUGGGAAUAGAGAUCUAGAGGAUCUAACCAUCUUGACCUGUUUCUUUGCCCUGUUUCAGUAGGCCAAGGGAAUGGAAGCAGUUGCUUAUAGAAACCUAUUAAUAGCCAACAUUUGUUAAGGGCUAACAAUGUGUGGGGCACUGUUCUGAGUACUUUAAUGUCUGCUCUGUUGUAGAAGUCUCAAAAGAGUUCAAAAGAACUUUACAUGGUUAAGUUUUAUAGGCAUAAUAUAUUUAUAUAAUAGCUAUUUGACAGUGUUUAAUAAUACAAGUUUUCAUUGUGACUUCUCAUAAAACACCAAAUGGAAAAUGAAUCUAUGCAAAAGACAUUUUUCUUCUCAUCCUUGCUGCUUUUUUUUAUUUGGUUCAUCCUGACACAUAGGUCAAUACUUUUUUACAUUAUACUUACCUUUAAUACUAUGAAAGCAAAUAGGUAACAGGAACUGUUUGGCGAAUCUGGAAAAAAAAUUGUAUUAUUCCAGACCUCUUGAGGUUGUAAGAAUCUCCUUGACAAAUUUUCUUUUUCUCUUUCUAUUUAGAAUAUUGGAGAAAAUGUAUUUUCUGCACUGACUUGGUUCUUAGCUAUGUGAGAGGACUGAAUCUGGGGGUCAAGUUUGCUGGUUAAAGUAGAAUUAAGAAAUUUUUUUCUAGUGAAUUGGGAAGUGUUUCUUAAAAUUACAAUAAUGAAUACUUUUCAUGCUCUGAUUUAAAAUUUUUUAAAGAAACAAAUGUUACAUAUAGGAGUUAUUAAGAGCCUCCCUCAUUCUGGUAAACUUGUUUACCAAUUGGCUCCUUGGGGGUGGAGUCAGUUCACAAAGGAUCUGCAGCGGACGAAUUAGACCAGUAGUGAUUUCAGCCUUCUGCUUUUUCCCAGCUGGAGCAGGAUUAGGACUCAUUCAACUGCAGCUGGUUCCCAGGAAAAUCUAGGCUGUUUUUUCUGGUUUUUUCCUUUUGACAGGCAAGUCGUAGUUCCCAACAGAUGGCUUUCAUCAGCACUGUACAUAACUCUCCGGUUGCUGAACCAAUCCCCAUCUGUAGUUUCUGUCUUGGUACAAAAGAACAAAACAGAGAAAAGAAGCCAGAGGAACUCAUCUCUUGUGCCGACUGUGGCAACAGUGGUCAUCCAUCCUGUUUAAAGUUUUCCGCUGAACUAACGGUUAGAGUGAAGGCCUUACGGUGGCAGUGCAUUGAGUGUAAAACGUGCAGCUCCUGUCGAGAUCAAGGCAAAAAUGCAGAUAACAUGCUCUUUUGUGAUUCCUGUGACCGAGGUUUUCACAUGGAGUGUUGUGAUCCACCACUUACCCGGAUGCCAAAAGGCAUGUGGAUAUGUCAAAUAUGUCGACCUAGGAAAAAAGGACGAAAACUGCUACAGAAGAAGGCGGCACAGAUAAAACGGCGCUAUGCUAAUCCAAUAGGACGUCCAAAAAACAGGUUAAAGAAACAAAACACGGUAUCAAAAGGUCCCUUCAGCAAAGUUCGAACUGGCCCUGGAAGGGGUCGGAAACGUAAAAUCACUCUCUCCAGCCAAUCAGCAUCGUCAUCAGAAGAAGGAUAUUUAGAGCGAAUAGAUGGCUUGGACUUCUGCAGAGAUAGCAAUGUCCCCUUGAAGUUCAACAAGAAAACCAAAGGGCUCAUUGAUGGCCUUACCAAAUUCUUUACCCCUUCCCCUGAUGGGCGGAAGCCUCGAGGGGAGGUGGUAGACUACUCUGAGCAAUACAGAAUCAGGAAAAAGGGCAACAGAAAAUCAAGCACUUCAGACUGGCCCACAGACAAUCAGGAUGGCUGGGAUGGCAAACAAGAAAGUGAGGAACGGCUUUUUGGGAGCCAGGAAAUCAUGACUGAGAAAGAUAUGGAGUUGUUUCGUGAUAUCCAGGAACAAGCACUGCAGAAAGUUGGAGUGACUGGUCCCCCUGAUCCACAAGUCCGCUGUCCCUCUGUCAUUGAGUUUGGGAAGUAUGAAAUUCACACCUGGUACUCUUCCCCAUAUCCUCAAGAAUACUCAAGGCUGCCUAAAUUGUACCUUUGCGAAUUCUGUCUGAAAUAUAUGAAAAGUAGAACUAUUCUACAGCAGCACAUGAAGAAAUGUGGUUGGUUCCAUCCUCCUGCCAAUGAGAUUUACAGAAAGAAUAAUAUUUCUGUCUUUGAGGUUGAUGGGAAUGUGAGUACCAUUUAUUGUCAGAACCUGUGUCUCUUGGCAAAGUUGUUUCUUGACCACAAAACACUCUAUUAUGACGUGGAGCCAUUCCUUUUUUAUGUACUAACACAGAAUGAUGUCAAGGGCUGCCACCUUGUUGGCUACUUUUCUAAAGAAAAGCACUGCCAACAGAAAUACAACGUUUCCUGUAUAAUGAUUCUUCCCCAAUACCAGCGUAAGGGCUAUGGCAGGUUUCUCAUCGAUUUCAGUUAUUUGUUAUCAAAGCGUGAAGGCCAAGCAGGGUCUCCAGAGAAACCAUUAUCCGAUCUAGGUCGUCUUUCCUACAUGGCUUAUUGGAAAAGUGUAAUAUUGGAGUGCCUUUAUCACCAAAAUGACAAGCAAAUCAGCAUUAAGAAGUUAAGCAAGUUGACUGGAAUCUGCCCUCAAGACAUUACGUCCACACUCCACCACCUACGUAUGCUGGACUACCGUAGUGACCAAUUUGUGAUUAUCCGCCGGGAAAAACUUAUCCAGGAUCACAUGGCAAAGCUUCAGCUGAAUUUGCGACCUGUAGAUGUAGAUCCAGAAUGUUUGCGCUGGACUCCCGUCAUAGUCUCUAAUUCUGUCGUCUCAGAGGAGGAGGAAGAGGAGGCUGAGGAAGGAGACAGUGAAGAGCCGCAGUGCCGGGAAAGAGGCCCAGAGGUGGGAAAGUCUGCAUCUCGGGAGAAUAAAGAACAAGAUUCUUAUUCUUCAGUAGAAAGUGAAAAGAAACCAGAAGUUAUGGCACCAGCUAGUUCUACACGUUUGAAUAAACAAGUCCUUCCCCGCGAUACUCUUCCUGCGAAUAAUCAGCCAUCUCGGAGAGGCCGCUGGGGGAGGAAGAACAGAAAAACCCAGGAACGUUUUGAUGAUAAAGAUUCUAAACUGCUCUUGGAAGAGACAUCAGCUCCUCAGGAACAAUAUGGAGAACAUGAGGAAAAAUCGGAAACCUCCCAAGAACAAUACACUGAAAGUGAGGAACAGCUGGCAGCCUCUCAGGAGCAGCCGAGCCAGGAUGGGAAGCCAGAGAUCCCCAAAAGAAGACUGAGUGAGGGGGUUGAGCUCUGGCGAGGACAGCUGAAGAAGAGCCCCGCGGCCCUGAAGUGUCGGCUCCCAGAAGGCAAUGACGGACUGCCCCGUCGCUAUAGUGAUGGCGACAGGGCUCUCCUCAGGGGCUUCAGUGAGAGCAGCGAGGAGGAAGAAGAGCCAGAAAGUCCCCGCUCCACCUCCCCGCCAGUUCUUACGAAGCCCACGUUGAAGCGAAAGAAACCGAUUCUUCACCGAAGAAGGAGAGUCCGAAAGCGCAAACACCACAAUAGCAGUGUGGUCACAGAAACUAUCUCUGAAACUACAGAGGUAUUGGAUGAGCCUUUUGAAGACUCUGACUCUGAGAGGCCGAUGCCAAGGUUAGAACCCACGUUUGAGAUUGAUGAAGAAGAAGAGGAAGAGGAUGAAAAUGAACUCUUCUCUAGAGGAUACUUCCGUCAUUUGUCCUCACAGGAUGUUCUCAGGUGUCGAUCCUCUUCUAAGAGGAAGUCGAAAGAUGAAGAUGAUGAUGAAGAGUCAGAUGAUGCUGAUGAUACUCCUAUCCUAAAGCCAGUAUCUCUCUUGAGAAAAUGUGAUGUGAAGGAUUCUCCACUUGAGCCAGAUACAUCCACGCCUAUGAAAAAGAAAAAGGGAUGGCCCAAAGGCAAGAGCCGCAAACCAAUCCACUGGAAGAAAAGACCUGGUCGCAAACCAGGAUUUAAAUUGAAUCGGGAAAUCAUACCCGUUUCUGCUCAAGAAUGCAUUGUUGAGCCCAUUGUCCCCAUUCCUAAACCUGGACGUAAAUCCAAAAUUCAAGAGAAUGAAGAAACUGUUGAACCAAAAGAAGACUUGCCUUUAACUGAAGACAGGAAAGAAGAGAUGCAUGUGGAAGCAGAAGAGGUUGAAGAGGGAGAAGAAGAAGAUACAACCAGCAGUGAAGUUAGAGCGGCUUCUCCAGUGGAUAGCAGCAAUAGUCCUGAGACAGAAAUGAAAGAACCUGAGGUAGAGGAGGAAGAAGAGAAACCCCGUGGCCUAGAAGAACAGAGGCAGUCAGAGGAAGAGCAACAAGAACUGGAAGAGCAGGAGCAGGAGGAGGAGGACGAAGUGACUGUGGAAACAAACCGGAAUGAAGACCAUGAUGCAGAUGAUGAAGAUGACGGUCAUCUGGAGUCUACAAAGAUAAAAGAGCUAGAGGAUCAGCCUGUUAGAGAAGACGUCAAGGAGGAGCCUGGUGGUCAGGAGUCUUUUUUAGAUACUAGUAUGCAGAGCAGUAGGGAGAAUAUAAAGGAUAAAGAUGAAACAGAACCAGAUUCUGAAGAGGAGCAGACUUCCCAUGAAACAUCAGUGGUAUCGGAGCAUAUGCCAGGGUCUGAGGAUGAUCAUGAAGAAGAUUCAAACUCUAAAGAAGAAUUAAUUGAGUUAAAAGAGGAAGAAGAGAUUCCUCAUAGUGAACUGGAUCUGGAAACCGUGCAAGCAGUGCAAUCUUUGACUCAAGAAGAAAGCAAUGAGCAUGAGGGAGCCUACCAGGACUGUGAAGAGACUCUGGCAGCUUGUCAGACCCUGCAGAGUUAUACCCAGGCUGAUGAAGACCCUCAGAUGUCAAUGGUUGAAGACUGCCAGGCUUCAGAACAUAAUAGUCCCAUAUCUUCUGUUCAGUCUCAUCCUAGCCAGUCCGUCCGUUCAGUCAGCAGUCCCAAUGUGCCUGCCCUUGAAAGUGGUUAUACCCAGAUCAGCCCAGAACAAGGAUCCCUGUCCGCACCCUCUAUGCAGAACAUGGAGACCAGCCCCAUGAUGGAUGUGCCUUCCGUAUCAGACCACUCUCAGCAGGUGGUAGACAGUGGCUUCAGUGAUCUGGGCAGCAUCGAGAGCACCACAGAAAACUAUGAGAACCCUAGCAGUUAUGAUUCCACGAUGGGUGGCAGCAUUUGUGGGAAUAACUCUUCCCAGAGCAGCUGCUCCUAUGGUGGGUUGUCAUCCUCCAGCAGCCUCACCCAGAGCAGUUGUGUUGUCACUCAGCAAAUGGCAAACAUGGGCAACAGCUGCAGCAUGAUACAGCAGAACAAUGUCCAGCCUGCUACCAACUGCAACAUCAAGUCACCUCAGAGUUGUGUGGUGGAGAGGCCUCCUAGUAACCAGCAGCAGCCGCCGCCGCCACCACCGCAGCAGCAACAGCAGCAGCAGCAGCAGCAGCAGCAGCAACAACAACAACAACAACAACAACAACAACAACCAGCACCACAGCCUCCACCACCCCAGCAGCCGCAGCAGCCACCGCCGCCUCAGCCCCAGCAGCCUCAACCCCCACCCCCACCCCCGCAGCAGCCCCCCCUGUCACAGUGUAGUAUGAAUAACAGUUUCACUCCAGCGCCUAUGAUAAUGGAGAUACCAGAAUCUGGAAGCACUGGGAACAUAAGUAUCUAUGAGAGGAUUCCAGGGGAUUUUGGUGCCGGCAGCUACUCUCAACCGUCAGCCACCUUCAGUUUAGCCAAGUUGCAGCAGCUGACUAACACCAUUAUGGACCCUCAUGCCAUGCCUUAUAGCCAUUCUCCUGCUGUGACUUCCUAUGCAACCAGUGUUUCUCUGUCUAAUACAGGACUGGCUCAGCUAGCUCCGUCUCAUCCAUUAGCGGGAACCCCUCAAGCACAAGCCACCAUGACACCGCCCCCAAACUUGGCAUCCACUACCAUGAACCUCACGUCACCUCUGCUACAGUGCAACAUGUCUGCCACCAACAUUGGCAUUCCUCACACUCAGAGGUUGCAGGGGCAGAUGCCAGUCAAGGGGCAUAUUUCCAUCCGCUCCAAAUCUGCGCCACUGCCCUCUGCAGCUGCUCACCAGCAGCAGCUGUAUGGCCGCAGCCCACCAGCGGUGGCCAUGCAGGCUGGCCCUCGUGCGUUGGCCGUUCAGCGUGGCAUGAACAUGGGGGUUAAUUUAAUGCCAACCCCUGCCUAUAAUGUCAAUUCCAUGAAUAUGAACACUUUGAAUGCCAUGAACAGCUAUCGAAUGACACAGCCUAUGAUGAACAGCAGUUACCAUAGUAACCCUGCUUACAUGAACCAGACAGCACAGUAUCCUAUGCAGAUGCAGAUGGGGAUGAUGGGGAGCCAGGCCUAUACCCAGCAGCCUAUGCAGCCAAACCCUCAUGGAAACAUGAUGUACACUGGCCCCUCCCAUCACAGCUACAUGAAUGCUGCUGGUGUGCCCAAGCAGUCACUCAAUGGACCUUACAUGAGAAGAUGAGCAAGAUGAACUUGCAAUUAAAAACUUAAAUAUAUAUAAAUAAAGGAACCUUUUAUACUGACAAACCAGAGAAAAAUGGACCUUUUUUCCAGUUAAAAUAUUGCUGUAGAUUUAGAGGAAUUUUUCUUUGGUUUAUUUUAUUUUUUAGAAAACCUGGUCUUCUCUUUUUUUGGGUUCAUUUUGUUCUGGGUUUUGGUUUUCUUCACAAUCUUGAACAUUUUACAAUAGAACUCAUCUAAAAAUGGAUUUGGGGAUAGGGGAAACAUGCACAAAAUCUUUUCAUAAUUAAAAAGAGCCUUACUUUCUUUACACACCACGUGGACAGAAUUUGUGUAAAAGUGAAUUCUCUUUAUUUUCAGAUGUGUGUUUCUCCUCACUGUUUGCAGCUCCCAAUGUUGUCAUUUUUAAAUGUUAUGUACACAUCUCGAGGAUUAACCAGACCCUUUCCUCCAAACCCAACCUUUCAUUUCCUACUUCAUUCCAGCAGGAGGCACUUACGGGAGACUCGGAUGGGGACAUGGAGAACAAUCCAAGCUCCUUAAACUUAUUAUUAUUGUUAAUAUUAUUAUUAUUAUUAUUAAGAAAGUGAGGCAGGAAAAUGCUUCUCCUUUUAAAAUCCCCUCCACUCCCUACACACACACACACACACACACACACACACACACACACACGCACCUCUUGAAACCUUUCCCCAAGAAUGUUUCUUUAUAGAUGGACUUCAUUGAAAUGUUUUUCUUAAAUCAAGUGUAAUAUAAUUUUCGUUUUGUUUUUUUACUAUUCCCACUCAGCACUCAGAGACACAAAAAUACUGUAAGUCUCAAUUAACAGCAGAAUCUCAGAGGAAAGCUGUUUGCAAUCCUAAUUCAUCCUUGGAGGGAUAGAGAUGAUCAAUUAACAAUCAAAAAAGAGGAAAUUAACCUCUUGCUUUUUACCACCUGGUGAAUCAGCCAUAAUGCACAUAUUCCACGCAGCCUCUUGUUUUCAGUAUGUACUUUGAGAUGCUAAGGGUCUUGAUUCUUGAGCCUUUGACUCUAAUUAAACUCAAACAGCAGUCCCCAGUAAUUAGCCUCUUCCAUUCUUACAUAAAGUGUUGGUGGAUGACUGUACAUUUCAGUGAUUUGAAAAAUACCUGACAAACCUUUGACACUGUUUACUUUAUGUUGGAAGAGAUGAUGCAGAAUGUGUGUCGUGAGGGAGAUCAUGGUGUGAGUUUUAUAGCUACUUCAAUGAUACAUACCUCUAGUUUUCAUUUGUCUUUUGAGAUCCUGAGUUCAUCCCCUGUGAAUCAGAUUGCACCAGCCCCUCUCCUGUGAGUGGCUAAAGAGAAGAGGGAUAAACCAACCACCAGCAUAGUCAGGCAAAUCUGGACAGAGGGUUUUAGCCGGCUCCUAUGUUACUCCCAAUUCCAUUUUCUUUUGUGCAGCCAGUUUGCCCAUUCUCUUCCUAUUACUUGCUCCAGGGAUAGGUAAAAAAAAAAUAUAUAUAUAUAUAUAUAUAUAUAUACACAUAUAUAUAUAUAUAUACACACACACACACACACACACACAUAUAUAUAUAUAUGUUCCAUCAUUAGAAGAUGGAAACUAUUAUACCACUUGGUAUGUGCAGUCAAAUAUCCAAAAGGGGGAAGUACUGCUUAAAGAAAUACCUGUAAGCAUUAAAUACUCUCCUUUAUUUGUACAUUUUAUAUAGAUAAAUUUUUGAAGUACUAAUUAGGCAUUAAAUUUUUUCAAAUGCACAGGUUUGUUGGUUUUUUUAAUACACUUUAAUUGACUUUCUCAAUUAAAUGUGUUAGAUAGAAAAAGGCAGAAUUCCACAUCUUACCGCUAUCAAUUCUGAGCAUGUGCAAGGCUGUGUAGGACCCAGUUUCUCUGUAUAUACUGUUCCAGUUCCCAGUCAUCUGUGUAGAAAGUGCACUGUGCUGCCCUCUGCCUACAUCUUCAGCUCUGUCAUUGCUUCCUGGUUGGGGUGGGGAUGGGGUGGGUCGGGAGGGAGGGAGGUAUAUUGGGAGGAGGGUGGGUCAAGGCAGAAGGAGAAGCUGUUGAAAUGAGGGCCGUGAAUUCAGUUUCUGUUGGUUUGCGGUUGUGUUUGGUUUUGUUUGUUUCUUAAAAAAAAAAUUCAAUCGGGCAGCUCCCUUUUCCACAAGCCUUUUUGUGACUGUAGAACUAUUAUAGAGAAAAUGUUCUUUUCUAUAUUAUAAAAGAAAUUAUCCAACACAGUAAUAUUGGUACCUGUCAUUUUUUCACUUCUGUUUAAAAAAAAAUGUAUUUUUAGCAAGAUAACUUGGGUAAUCUUCUAAAAAAGAAAUUUAAAAACUCACUGUUAGUGACUUUGAUGCCUUUUAAAAUAAGAGCUUUUUCAUUUCAUUCCAUCUUUAAAAUUUUUUAUCUUUGUUGUAGAAUAUUAAAAACUAUUUUAAGAAAGAUAAAAAUUCUCUUUAAAGAGAUCUCUAGAGUGUGUGAAUAGAGCUCCAGAUGCCUCUAAAAGCCGCAUGUACAAAUGAAGCUGAGUCUAUUCCUGUCUGUUUAUAUUUGCUUUUCCUGUUUUGUAACCUCUUUGUACUUCGUUCCUGGUGACUUGUAAGCUAAGGGGAAGGGGUGCCUAGAUGCCUUUGUAUUUCUCCAUGUCAUGCGCUCCUGGGCCAGUUGGUUUCCCUUCCUCUCCUUGUAUGUAAUAUCACUUUUUUUCCCCUUUCUAGCAAGUACUUUCAAAAGAACUCUGUACAUUUUAACAUAAAAAAAAAUAAAUUAUGUUGAGCCAUUUUGGA